GCUGAUGCCACCCAAAAAGCCAGCGUGGCCUCUCUCACGUUUCUCUCUGACAUAUAUGAAAUUAUUUAAUGAUAAAAGUAUAAUAUAAAUAUUUGGACGGAUAAAAUACCUUAUAUUAACAUUAUUACAUUUUUAGCAGAAUUUCUAUUGGAUAUUUCAUUGAGUAAAAUAUAUAAUGUAAGUAUGCUUUUCUCUUUGGACAUCUUUUGCAUGUAAAGCAACCUUUACGGCACUGGAUAGGAAAGAAUGAGAGAGAGUGAGAGAGAGACAGAGAGAAACCUCUCGAAUUUGCUAUCAAAUGCUAUGGCGGCUAUGGCUAUCAAGAGCACAAAUCAUAACUUGUCAAGUGCGGCUUGAGUUUUAACUAGAACUUGAAUAAUUAAUAUUUUUCUAUAUUUUUCAUCUUGAACAUCAAAAUGAUGCCGAGAAAGAUAUGUAUAACAUCGGAAAAUUGAGAAAAUCUGAAGAUUUCUCAAUUAUUUAUUAAUAUUAGAAGUUUAGCUGAACUAACCUAUAAAAUGGACAAAACUCAUCAGUCCUGGAAAGAAAUGGGUAUCACAGAUCCCAAGGAACGGAUCAAGGCUCUUACGGAGAAUGCCUCGAAAGUAGUAAUUGAUCCGAAUAUUGCGCCUAAAAGAUAUUAUCGCACUGGAGUAGAAAUGAUCAGAUUAGCAAACAUGAAUAUGCAAGAUGGCAGUUACGAAAAUGCCUUCAUACUAUAUAUGAAAUUUAUAACACUUUUUGUGGAUAAAAUAAGGGACCAUCCGCAAUAUGAUACUGUAUCAGCUAAGGAUAGAGCGGUGAAUAGGGAUGCUUUACGAACAGUGAUUCCUAAAGCUGAAAAACUGAAAAAACAGUUAUUGGAGCAAUAUCAAGCAGAAUUCGAUAAGUAUUUAGAGGAUUUAAAGGAAAGAGAAAGAAUUGAAAAGGAGCGUUUGAGGCAAGAAGAACUUCAAAGGCAAAAGGAAGAGGAAAACAGAAGAAAUAAAAUGGCUGCUCUGGCUGCUGUCAAAGCGGCUAAGGCUGCUAUUACUGCAAAUGUACCAGUGGAGACAAAACAUUUGCCUUCUGUUGCGCCGAAAACUGUGAUAAACCUUACGAAUGAUGAUAAAGCAUUAAAAAUCUCUAAGGAUAUAAAAACGCCGACAGUGGAUCGUUCUACAAAACCUUCCUUACUGACAAGCAAUGGAUUAUCCUUGCGCGACAUUAUCCUACCGACCAAAUUAAUGCACAACUUCCUGACGCUCGCUUUCAGCAAUACGACGAGCAAUAAAGAAACAUGUGGCAUUCUAGCUGGACGAUUGGAGCGAAAUAAGUUGAUGGUAACGCAUCUAUUGAUACCGGAACAAACUGGAACCUCAGAUUCUUGUACUACACAUAACGAAGAAGAUAUCUUCGAUUAUCAAGAUCAGCAUAAUCUUAUCACUCUCGGUUGGAUUCAUACACAUCCUACGCAAACUGCAUUUUUAUCAAGUGUAGAUCUUCACACGCACUGUGCUUAUCAGUUAAUGAUGGCGGAGGCUAUAGCAAUAGUUUGUGCGCCGAAAUAUGAUGAAACAGGAUUCUUUAUCUUAACACCCGAUUAUGGCUUGGACUUUAUUGCAAAUUGCAGAGAUACAGGAUUUCAUCCACAUCCUACUGAACCACCAUUAUAUACAAAAGCAAGACACUACAAAUUGGAUGUAAUGGCACUUCAAGUUGUGGAUUUACGAAGAAAAUGAUAUAUCUCAGAUAGGAGAUAAUUAUUUUACUGAAAAAUAUUUUUAAUUAAAUCUUGGAAAAUAGCAAUUUACAAUAAAAUCACGAAUCUUAUUACGCGAUUAGUACAUAAUUACACAAUAUUCAAAAUCUAUGACCAGUGACUAAUUUAAUCGUAAUGAAAAUGCUAUGAAACGUAUCUAAAAAAAAUACGUUAUAUUUAACGUUUAUAAUAUAUAAGAUUUAUAAUAUAUUGAUUGUUCCAGCAAAUAGAAGAGAUACAUAACAAAGGAUCAUUGCAAAUUAUACUGGAAGUUACUACGAAAUGAAAUUAUUAUUGUAAUAAGUAAUUAUUAACUUCCGAAUUACAAAACAGAAAUAUUUGAAUAUGUUUGAUAAUAGCAGUAACAGUAGAAAUAUAAUGAAAUAAUAUGCUG